AUGCGCCCUUUCCCUGUCUGCAGCAGCCAGCGAAGGCCAGCUAACUCGUCGCCCGGCGCACAGCUGCCCGGGUCGCUCCCCACCGAGCUGGCCUGCGUUGAGCACCUGCGCCACCUCUACCUAUCCGGGAACGGCCUCAACGGCAACCUCCCCGCCGCGCUGCUGCUCAACGCCACCGAGCUGCACGUGCUCUUGAUCGCCAGCAACGACCUCUCCGGCGCGCUCCCGGACGCGUCCUACGCGCGGGUGCUCCAGGAACUCAACCUAUCCGACAACGCGCUCGCGGGCUGGCUCCCCACCACGCUCCUCAGGGCGCCCGGGCUCGCCGUGUUGGGCCUCGCCAACAACUACCUCGCCGGCGAGCUCCUGGGGCAUGAAGACGAGGUGUUUGUUGAAAUGACUAAGAGAGAUAUAGGAGGAGCAAGAAGAUAG